AUGUACGGGAUGUUGUACGAGAGCGUGCAGCACUACAUCCAGCAGGAGUAUGGUAUGUCCACCUGGAGAAAGGUCUGCGAGAUAGUGGAGUGCAAACACCAGAGUUUCAAAACGCACCAGAUCUAUCCGGACAAGUUGAUGCCGGACUUUGCCGCCGCCCUGUCCGCCUGCACUGGCGAAUCCUUCGACUUCUGCAUGAACUUCUUCGGGAAGUGCUUUGUGCGCUUCUUCAGCAACUUUGGCUACGACAAGAUGAUUCGCUCCACGGGAAGAUACUUUUGCGACUUCCUGCAGUCCAUCGACAACAUCCAUCUUCAGAUGCGCUUCACCUACCCCAAGAUGAAGUCGCCCAGCAUGCAACUGACUAACAUGGAUGACAACGGAGCCGUCAUCCUUUAUCGAAGCGGGAGGACUGGCAUGUCCAAGUACCUGAUUGGCCAGAUGACGGAGGUGGCUCGCGAGUUCUACGGCCUGGACAUGACCGCUUAUGUUCUUGAGAGCCAAAACGACAUCUGUGGCGGCACUGCGGGUCCUAUCAAGCUGACGGAUGGCCCUCUCACUGUAAUUGUGAAGUACCGGCUGGACUUUGACAAUAGGGACUACAUGGCAAAGCGGGUUAACGUGGUCGCCCAUCCCUCGCAAUUAAAGAUGCCUUCGGUGGACCUGAACAUUUUCCUGGAACUCUUCCCCUUCACCAUUGUGCUGAACCAUGACAUGUGCAUCACACUCGCUGGCGAGAAAAUAAUCGAGACGUGGAUCCUGCAUAAUCCUGGCGUCAACCCCAAGAGCUUUAUUGGCAGCCAUGUCAUGGACCGCUUCAAGUGUCGGCGGCCGAAGGACACGAAAAUCGAGUGGGAAACCAUUCUGCAGAUGCGCACUGUGUUGUUUGAGUUUGAACUCAUCCGCACGGGCCACAAUCGAGCCGCGUACGAUGCGGCCCUCAACAUCGACUACGACACCUUCGACGAUGCCAGCCUGAAUGAGGCACAGGCGAUGGCUCUGGCCAGUGCCAAGGAGUUCAGUGCUGAGAAUGCCAAAGAGGAGGAGGCCGCAACAUCCUCAAAGAACGAAAUCGAUCCUGCGACGGGGCAGCGUCGAACCUCUGUUGGUUUGCGUUCCAUCCUUCUGAAGGGACAAAUGUUCUACAUUAAGGACGUGGACUCGCUGAUCUUUCUCUGUAGCCCGCUCAUCGAGAACCUGGAUGAACUGCACGGGAUUGGGUUGUACUUAAACGACCUUAAUCCGCACGGUCUGAGCCGAGAGCUCGUCAUGGCUGGCUGGCAGCACUGCUCUAAGCUGGAGAUAAUGUUUGAAAAGGAGGAGCAGCGAUCAGAUGAGCUGGAGAAGUCCCUGGAACUGGCCGACUCUUGGAAGCGGCAGGGCGAUGAGCUCCUGUACUCCAUGAUUCCCCGACCCAUAGCCGAGAGGAUGAGAAAGAGUGAGGAGCACGUCUGCCAGAGCUUCGAGGAGGUUUCCGUCAUCUUCAUCGAAGUCCUGAAUGUCUACGACAGCGGUUCCAACAACAUCCAGGAUGCCAUGCAGGCGGUGACAACCUUGAAUAAGGUCUUUUCAGCGCUGGACGAGGAGAUCAUCUCCCCGUUUGUGUACAAAGUGGAAACCGUGGGCAUGGUUUAUAUGGCGGUUUCGGGAGCUCCAGACGUGAAUCCCCUUCACGCCGAACACGCCUGUGAUCUAGCCCUACGCGUGAUGAAAAAGGUAAAGGCCCACGCUCUGCCCGGAGUGGCAAUUCGGGUGGGCAUCAACUCCGGACCCGUGGUGGCCGGCGUUGUGGGCAUGAAGGUGCCCCGGUACUGCCUUUUUGGAGAUACUGUCAAUACAGCCUCGCGUAUGGAGAGCAGCAGCGAUCCCUGGAUGAUUCAGUUGUCCAACUAUACGGCGCUAAAGGUGCAGAAGGUCGGAUACAAAGUGGAGGCACGGGGUUUCGUCAAGGUCAAAGGCAAAGGAGAGAUGGAAACCUACUGGCUUUUGGAUGGACCAGAGUAA